AUGGUGCUCCGAAAUCUGACUGCGAUGGCGAUUUACGAUCAAACCUUCGUGUACUCAAGUGAUGACGCGCUGGCAGGGAUGGUAGUUUCAAUGGAAUGCCUCACCGGCCUCUUCCUACUCGUGGCAGUCAUUAUCGGAUGCUUCCGUAUAGCAGCUCUCAAGUCCCCGUUCGGAAUUCUCAUGAUCAAUCAAAAUUGUGCUCAGCUGAUGGCGUGUAUCAAUAGCGGAAGCUUCUCGACAUUAGGCGUGCUCCUGAACAUCAAGCCCGUGCUAUCUAUCAGUUACCUCUUCGGAAAUUUCAGCAUCUUCCUGCUCCCUGUGAUUUUGAUUAGCUUCUUGCUAAUGUCGUUUAAUAGAUUCUGCGCCUGCUUUUUCCCAUUGAGAUAUCAGAAUUUGUUCUCAAGCUCCAUGAUCAGAACUUUUAUCGUUUUCAACUGGCUUCUAUCGCUCGUAGCAGGCAGCUAUUUAGUUGUAGUACGAGAAUGCAACUUCGUAUUCUACCAUUUCGGAUGGUUGUUUGCUGGCUCCGUUUCAGUAAAGUGUGGGACUCUGCUGAGCCUCUAUUCGAUCUCGAUUCAGACGGUUCUAAGCAUCACAAUUGUCGGCCUGGAUGUAGUCACUUUGGUUGCUUUGAUGGCUUUUAGAAGCAAGGUAUACCAGAGCCAUAGUGUCGAGGUGCGAAGACGUGAGCUGAGCUUUUCUGGACAGGUCAUAAUUCAAGGUGCAGUAUUUCUGUGUCAUGGUGCAUGGUAUGAUAUGGGUCACGCGAUCCUCCCGGGAAACGACGACCGCUGGAAGUUCUUCUUUACAACUUCGUUCUCAUCCAAUCUGCUACAUGUUUUUGAUCCUGUAGUCGUCUUCGCCUUCAACAAAGAGUUUCGCAGAUGGCUUUUCCGUAAUUUCAACGUCCCGACAGCUCAGAAGAGAAUCGUGACAGUGGUUUCCGCUCAUAAUACAUAAUCUUCCUGUUCUAAUAACUCCAACUGAACCCCAAACUGUCGUAUAGUACAUUCUCUCGAACCCUUUUUCUGCACCUAUAGGUGUUGAAAACAUAUGGAUUAUAUCUAAAUAUUAUUCGCUCACUAACGUCAUUAUAAAUUGGACACUUCCCCCGUAAUUUGCUCGUAUUUCUUUCUGAAAGAUCCUGUAUAAAUUUUUCAAUUA